AGUUGAGCUGGAAGAGCUCUGGCUUCCGCUCCAGGGCUGAGGGAAGAGAGAGGAAACGAUGCGCGCCGUGAGGAGGCUCCCUUGGCAGCAGCGGUGGCGGGGCCGCAGUGGCGCCUCCUCCUCCUGGUUCCCCUCCGCCGAAGGGCCCUCGAGAGGUUGACUCCGGAGGAGGAAUGAGUUCCACGCAGGAAGCUGUCAUGGAUGAAUUGGUUGAAAAUGACAUUGAUAUUUUGAAUCAUGAAAAAGCAGACCUUCAUCAUAAGCGAGAUGAGGGAAUUCCUAUUCCAGUAUAUACAGGAGAAGAAUCUGUUGCUUCGCAUUUUGCACUUGUCACUGCUUAUGAAGACAUCAAAAAACGGCUAAAAGAAACUGAAAGGGAGAACUCGCUCUUAAAGAAAAGAGUUAGAAUGUUAGAAGAAAAACUACUUGGUUCUAAUUUGGAAGAAACGACGAGCUCUGUAGGUCGUGAGCAGGUUAACAAAGCAUAUCAAGCAUACCGAGAGGCUUGUAUUGAACGAGAUAAUCUGAAAAGUAAACUGGAUAAAAUGAUAAGAGAGAACAGUGAAUCCUUACAAAACAUGAAUGAGCAGCUGCAGUCUAAAGAAGUGGAACUCCUGCAGCUAAGAGCUGAAGUGGAAACUGAAAGAGUGCUGAAGAGUCUGAGUUCAAAUCCAUCUAAUUGGGAAAUAGACAACCUGAAUAAUGCCCUGAAGGUGUACAGUUUGGAGCAAGAUUUGGAGAAACUGAGAGAAGAAUGCAACAAUCUUAGAAAAGAACUACAAAAGUCUCUGCAGAAGGCUGAAUCCCAGGAAGGAAUCUUAAUAAAUGGAGACUCUGUCCAGCAGCAGGAUGUUCAUAGUGAAAAUGUGCAGCAAGCAUACUGGGAAUUGAAGAAGGAGAUGUCUAAUCUGCAUCUGGUGACGGAAGUACAAACUGAAAUGCUAAAGAAACUGAAACUUUUUUCAUUAGGAACCAAGAAAGUGUCAUCCCACAUCCCUCUUCAGUGUGUUGAAGAUCUUGAAAGGGAUACUGCAAAUCUACAUUUAGUGGAUUCUGGAGCAGUUUGCAAAAAAAGGCUACUCCUGCCAAGUGACGAAGUUUUCAGCAGUUCUGCAUCUUCUCCCUCAUGUACUGAUGAGAAACUUAUCCCAGUUUGUGACUCUGCAUUUCAAGAACAUAACUCCUAUGGAAGGAGCUCUCUGGAAGACAAUUCAUGGGUCUUCCCAAGCCCUCCCAAACCUAGUGAAACAGUGUUUUGGGAAAAGAAAAACAGAGUGUGUCAUUUAAACUUUCCAGAAAAUAGUCUAGAUCAGUGUAACCAAAACUGCCUGCACAAGAGCUAAGAACCCAAAAGGAACAACUUGAUAUAGCUUUCAAGAAAACAUGGAGAGAAGGAUGAGAAAGCAAUCCAAGCAGGAUCUGACUCUUUCCUUCUUUAAAUUUGAAAACAGUCUAGUUAAAUCAAAAGGGAGAGUAUAAGAAGAAAUUAGUACUGUACUGGAGUCAAAACAGACCUGAGCUCUAAUUGCACACCUGCAACUUACCCGAGUAUUAAGCCUUGGAGUAAAACAAAAGCUGUGCAUUGCUGCAAAUUGUGUGAAUAAUGUUGCUUGGAAAAACAAUAUCUUUAGACAUUUCUACAAGCUGUGAGAAUGUUCCCUCUUUUUUUUAAUAUAGUUUAUCCCCUUUUUAAGCUUCUCAGGUAAAGAAUGGAAUGUGAUUGAGCUUUUUCCUCCAGUUCUGGCAGUCACUGGUUUUUCAUAAUGUGUGGUGUGUACUGGAAAGAGAAGAUGAACAGUGAAUUAUUUUGAUUUAUUUAAAUCAAAUUAUUAGGAUUCCUUAUCUUGACUAUGUGUUCCCAUUAAGCCCAUGGCAGUCCUACCUGGUAGAAUAAUCUUUUGUGUUAUGACAGAUUGUCUCACCACUUCAGAAACACAGUAGCAUCAUAUACUAGUAAGGUUACAUACCCCAGGACAACUGGGAUUGCCCUAACCAAAAUAUGACCAUUGGGGUGCCUAUCUGCCACUUAUGAUUUCUGAGUCCACUAAUUUUGAUGUAGAAACUUCCAGGUACAGUACCUUAAUAUAAGGAGGAAGAACUAUAAUAUUGUAAAUGUAUUCAACCUUUCUGAAAUGCAUUAUUAUGCAUCAUUAUUGAGAUGCAUCAGGCAUCCAAAAUAUUAUGCACAUAGGUACUCAAUAUUCUAACUAUCAACUUUCAGAUAAUUAAGUUCUGGUUUCUUGCCCUAUAGCACUGAUUAGUUUGUAGUUAAGAUUUACUAGUGAGAUCUGUUAGUCCACAUUGACACACUUGGUGUAGAAAAGAAGAGUGAAUACCUUCCAAGGUUUAUAAAUGGACAUACUUCCAGAAUUGUAUUUUCCUAUUUGGCCUUAUUAAGGUAUGAAGAAAGCAGUGGGAGUUUUUUUAAUGUUUGAAAUUUCUGGUGAAGACAUGGCACCGCAGUGAUGGGCCAGUUUCAAGCUUUGCUUAUUUUCUGCUAGACUUGCAUUUCAUCAUUCCAGUAUUUACAAAUUCAUGACUUCUGCAGCUUCUUCCUGGUUUCCCAAUUUGUGCUUGGAACAUGAAUAAGGAAAGGUAAAAUCUGUAACUCACUAAUAGUUUUGAAAUUAUUUACCAAAAAAUAACUUUUCACAGAGCUGUUUAAAUAUGUUCUUAAGCAGCACAACCAUACUGGUGUACUGUGAAAGAGGAAGACGUGUGUUUUCCCUCCCUUCCAUUGCUUUUUAUAUAUUUCAGUGCUGGCUGGUUUAUUUCAUGUUCUCAUACUGGAGAUAAUAUAAUCUGUAGAGGGAGGAAAACAGGAUUCUUUCUACUGAUGUUAGUAAAUGGCAUACAUAAAUAAUAUACAUACCAUUCACUACAUACUUUUUUAAACCUCUUGCUCAUAUAUGCUGUCUUGUCUGUGAUUAAUGGAAAUGGUUUCUGAUGCUGGAAUUUAUUCUGACCAAUGAACAUAGCUGACUCCAGGGAGUACAAUCUCCUGAAGAGUAAUAGAACAAAACCCAAUAUGCAUAAAAUAAAUCCAUGUCUCUAGACUUCAGCUGAUAGAACCAACUACCUGUGUAAUAAUGAAGUAGCAGAAGCAGCUUCUCAUGCGACUACAUAACUCUGAUGUGUUUCUCAGGGCUGUUCUUUUGGUAGUGGAGACCUGGCUAAGUAACAGUGUCUGGCACACAGAGCUGCUUAACAUUUUGAGCAAUGUACUAAAGAAAUUGACAUAUUUUACAAUAAAUUAUUUUGUUUGAAAAAGACUUUCUCUAAAUUGAUACAGGUACCAUAUUUUGCAGGGGGGAGUCUAUUCUGAACUACAUAAUAUUAGUAUAUGCUGUAUCCAGAAUUUCAGGUGUAAGCAUGGAAUUUUUGUACCUGCUGUGUAAUUCUCAAUCUGAUCAAUGUUUGUUUUCAUCCCCCGCCCCCACUCCACAGUUCUUGGUUUGUAAGAUGUAAGUCAGCAUCAUAGGUAAUAAUUUUUAUUUGAUACAUCUAAGUAAAGUAAAUGUAUUUUAAAUCAUUUAUAUCCUGCACUUUGUGGCUAAAUAUCAGUGGUAUAUGAUAAAAAGUCAAAACAAACUCACAGCAGCUGAAAUACCUGAAAUCUGAUCAGGGAAGUUGUUUUGACGAAAUACCAUGAUUAUUAAUACAUCUUAAUCUGCUAAAUAUCUUGGAGGUGAGCUAUACAUUAUGGUGAUUACUCUGUCAUUUUAAAUUCCAGUCCAACCAAUGGAGUUAACAUACUGAGGAAACCCAUUGAUGAAGCUGUAUUACUUGGUUUUCUAAAUUGCAGUGAGAUAGCAAUGCAUGUUAUGUGACUAGAAUAGAAUAGAAUGCAGUUUUAGCAGGGAUACAAUUGUAGUAAUCUUGAUUUGUAAUUGAGAUCUUACUCAUUGGUACCACCAUACACACAAUUGAGUUUGAAGUUACUACAAAACUGAUGGAAUUCAUGGAUCAUUCAUGCAUUAAAUGAGAAAAAUAAGCAAUUGAACUAAAUUAGGAUUUUUGUUCCUUUAACAUUUCUCUUUUAAAACAAAAAUCAAAACUUUGCUGCUCUUGGUCUUGACUUGAGAUGCCAUAAAAUGAAUAAAGGCCAUCUUUUUUAUACACAAAUCCAGUCAGUUUGAUCAAUAUGAAAGUAUGUGUGAAACUUGGAAAUUCCCAGAAGUGCUGAAAAAGAUGCCUCUGCAAAUGGGCAAGUUGCAGGAUGAAAAUAACAAACACCCCAACAACUUUGGAAAGUUUUUGAGUUAUAGUUCACUUGAUUAAGAGUUUAGAUAUUCCUUGUGGCAUAUUCUGCUAAUGGUAAAGAAUGGAAUUAAUUAUACUAAUUUGGAGAAUACUCUAGACUGGAAAAAAACAGUUUUGCUGCUAUGUACCUUGGGAUCUUACUUUAUUCCACAUACUUUAGUAUCAAGUGAGGAGAACUGAACUGACCUCAAUGAGGGCCAUUUUGUCAUGUUUAUUAACUAUGUGAAGAAGACUGUAAUGGGAGAGAAUUAACUUUUAAACCUUUAAAUAAAGAUUAAAAGGUUAAUCUGUUCUGUUAAUCCCCUCAUGGUACAGCUAUAUAAACACUAUUAUAACCAGAGAAGUGGGAAACAAGAGGCUCUCUGGAUGUUGUUACACUCCCAACUUCCACCAGCCCCCGAGACCAAAGGGUACAAUUGGUGGGAGCUAAAAUCCAAUAACUAGGGGGCAAAAAGUUCCUACGUCUUUCUCUUUUCUAUGUCACAGCUCUGUCCUCCCUACACUUUCUCCUGUUUAUUGACAUUUUGUGC